AUGACGGCCGAAACGUACCACGGGCUCUCGCAGAUCCUCAAAAACCUCGCAAGACAGCAUGAUCCCGCGCUAGACGCCUCGUUCAGCGCCCAAAUCGCCGCGAAUGGCGCGAAGCAGAAUGCCGUUACCGUCCCCGGCUCCGACUCCUCGGAAAAGGCCAGCCUCGAGCAAGAGCUGGCCGCGCUCGCUGCCCGCAUACAGUAUCUCGAAGCAAAAGCGAACGUGGUCGACAACCGCACCUUCCCCAUAACGCCCGGCGAGCCCGCCAACUCGCCGUUCCUCUACCCUGCCACCGCAGCACCCGCCUCGCGCAACGGCGGCCCGCCCGGUCGUCGCGGUUCAUACAAGGAGCAAAGAGCGACAUGGGUCAGCAACUGGCUGGCGGCGAAGGAGCCAAAUGGCGGCUCAGAGCAGCCCGCAGCUGCCCUCACCGAGGAGCAGCUCAAUUACCUGCGCGACCACCUCAACAAGCAGGCCGACCAGAUUAAGAACCAGCGCGAGCACAUUGACAACCUCAGCGCCGAGGUCAACAAGCAAUUGAACAACCAGAACAUGGCGUUUGAGCAUGGCAUUGAGGACAUUGGCGCGUUGAAGCGCGAGCUGGGAAAGCACCAGCAGGCCAACCUCGCUUUCCAGAAGGCUCUCCGCGAAAUCGGAAGCAUCGUCACGGCCGUCGCUAUGGGCGACCUGAGCAAGAAAGUUCUGAUCCAUGCCAAGGAGAUGGACCCUGAGAUCACGCUGUUCAAGCGCACGAUUAACAAGAUGGUGGACCAGCUGCAGGAAUUCGCCAGUCAGGUCACGUUUCUAGCCAAGGAAGUCGGCACCGAAGGCAGGCUCGGUGGGCAGGCGAAUCUACCGGGCGUGGACGGCAUUUGGGCAGAGCUGACGGACAGCGUAAACGUUAUGGCGAAAAACCUCACCGAGCAGGUGCGCGAAAUCGCAAUUGUGACCACUGCCGUAGCGCAUGGUGAUCUGAGCAAGAAAAUUGAGCGACCGGCGCGAGGCGAGAUUCUUCAGCUGCAGCAGACUAUCAAUACCAUGGUGGACCAGCUGCAGUCGUUUGCCACCGAAGUCACCAAGGUCGCCAGGGAUGUCGGCACAGAAGGCAAGCUCGGUGGCCAGGCUGAAAUUGCUGGCGUAAAAGGCAUGUGGAACGAGCUGACGGUCAACGUGAACGCCAUGGCACAGAACCUUACUACGCAGGUCAGAGAUAUCGCACAGGUUACCACCGCAGUCGCACAAGGAAACCUCACGCGGAAGGUCGAAGCCGAGUGCAAGGGCGAGAUCUUGGAGCUGAAGAACACCAUCAACCGCAUGGUUGACCAACUGCAGCAAUUUGCACAUGAAGUAACAAAGAUAGCACGGGAGGUCGGCUCUGAAGGCCGACUUGGAGGACAGGCUACCGUUCAUGGUGUGGAAGGUACUUGGAAAGAUCUGACCGAGAACGUGAACGGUAUGGCGAUGAACCUCACAACCCAGGUGCGAGAGAUUGCAGAGGUCACGACGGCCGUCGCCCGCGGAGACCUUAGCCGGAAAGUGAAGGCCGAGGUCCAAGGCGAGAUUCUCUCUCUCAAGAUUACUAUCAACACCAUGGUGGACCGUCUUAAUACCUUUGCGCAGGAAGUGAGCAAAGUGGCUCGCGAAGUGGGAACGGAUGGUAUCCUGGGCGGACAGGCCAAGGUGGACAAUGUUGAGGGCAAGUGGAAAGACUUGACCAACAAUGUCAACACCAUGGCGCAGAACCUCACGCUUCAGGUGAGAAGUAUUUCGGAGGUCACACAAGCCAUCGCGAAGGGCGACAUGAGCAGAAGAGUGCAUGUUGACGCCGAGGGAGAGAUCCGGCUGCUCAAAGAUACUAUCAACGACAUGGUGACACGUCUCGACGACUGGUCGCUCGCAGUCAAGCGUGUCGCUCGCGACGUAGGGGUGGAUGGAAAGAUGGGUGGCCAGGCCGAUGUUCAGGACAUCGACGGACGCUGGAAAGAAAUUACUACAGAUGUCAACACGAUGGCACAGAACCUGACGUCCCAGGUGCGUGCAUUUGGUGACAUUACCAACGCAGCCAUGGAGGGCAAGUUCACACAGAUCACCGUCGAAGCAUCUGGUGAGAUGGACGAGCUGAAGAGGAAGAUCAAUCAGAUGGUCUCCAGUCUUCGAGAGAGUAUCCAGAGGAAUACCGCCGCCAGGGAGGCCGCAGAAUUGGCGAACAAGACGAAAUCCGAGUUCCUGGCCAACAUGUCUCAUGAGAUCCGGACGCCGAUGAACGGUAUCAUCGGAAUGACACAGCUGACCCUCGACACGGACCUAACGCAUGCGCAGCGGGAGAUGCUGACCAUCGUCCAUAACUUGGCUGGCCAGCUUCUCACCAUCAUUGACGACAUUCUCGAUAUCAGCAAGAUUGAGGCUAACCGAAUGGUUAUGGAGGAGAUUCCCUUCUCCCUUCGUGGCACAAUAUUCAAUGCCCUCAAGUCUCUAGCUUCAAGAGCGAACGAACGGAAACUGAAUCUGGCAUACGACGUCUCUUACUCUGUUCCCGACUACGUGAUCGGCGACUCUUUCAGGCUGAGGCAGAUUAUUUUGAAUCUCGUUGGCAACGCUAUCAAAUUCACCGAGCACGGUGAGGUCAAGGUUGCCAUAUCCAUGGCGGCAGAGCAAAAUUGCGCAGCAGACCACUAUGUCUUCCAGUUUGCGGUUUCCGACACCGGCAUUGGAAUCCACGGGGACAAACUCAACCUCAUUUUCGACACCUUCCAGCAGGCAGACGGAUCAACGACGCGCAAGUUCGGUGGUACAGGUCUAGGUCUUUCCAUCUCGAAGCGUCUCGUCACGCUCAUGGGCGGGAGGAUGUGGGUGGAAUCCGACUAUGGAAAGGGUAGCACAUUCUAUUUCACGUGCAGAGUCCGCCUCGGACACCCUGACCUGAGUGCUAUCCAGCCACAGCUCACGCCCUACAGCAAGCACACCGUGCUUUUCGUAGACCAAGGCCAUACUCGCUUCUCGGAUAAUAUCGUAGAGCAACUAAAGACCCUUGACCUAGUGCCGGUUAUCGUUCACUCCAUCGAUGAGGUGCCAGCUUCGGACAAGAGGAUCGCUCCGGAUAUGCCGUUUGACUGUGUCAUCGUGGACAACGAAAGGACGGCAAGAGAGCUCAGGAUUGCGGAACGCUUCAAAUACAUUCCGCUUGUGAUGCUCACUCCGCGGGUAUCGAUCAGCCUGAGGUCUGCGCUCGAGAAUGGUAUUUCAAGCUAUAUGACGACACCAUGCUUGCCCAUCGAUUUAGGCAAUGCCCUGAUCCCAGCUCUUGACGGACGAGCGGCGCCGUUGGUGUCUGAUCAUUCGAAAUCGUUCAACAUCCUCCUUGCAGAGGAUAACGCCGUCAACCAGAAGCUCGCUGUCAGAAUCCUCGAGAAGUACCAUCACAGGGUAACAGUGGCGAACAACGGUCUGGAAGCACUUGAGCUCAUCAAGAAGAAGCGGUACGACGUCGUCCUCAUGGAUGUACAAAUGCCCGUCAUGGGUGGUUUCGAGGCCACUGCCAAGAUUCGUGAAUGGGAGCGCGAGAACGUCUUACCAUCGACACCGGUCAUUGCUCUGACUGCUCACGCUAUGGUGGGCGACCGUGAGAAGUGUCUCGCCGCUCAGAUGGAUGACUAUCUAUCAAAGCCGUUGAGGCAAAAUCAACUGAUCCAGACUAUCCUACGGUGUGCGACAUUGGGUGGUGGACCUCUGUACGAUCACGACCAGCGACAUUCUAUAGAGCACAUGGCCGCUCCCGAACUCAACCUUCCUUCCGAAAGUCCGAACUCGACACCCAAGGGCACUCCGCGGAGACCACAACUCGAGGCGAGAGGCUACACGGAGCGGGGCGUUCUCGCGGACGGCAGUCCUUCGCUCUUGGCUGCUGAUCAAUCCGAUCCCGUAGAUAGGCUUUUGCUUCGGUCGCACAGCAGCUGA